UGUAACUUUUAUUUUUUCUUUAAGAAGCCUUGUCUUCAGAACACCCGUACUCAAGAUACAUAUUUUUGAAUAUUUCAAAAUCGUAUGAAGGCUUGUAUUUAUGAAUUAAUGAUGCGAAAUUACUUUGCACAAACUGUCAGAGAAUUGCUGACCUGUAUCUAUUGUGUCUUACAGAACACAGUAAAAAAAAUAGCCCCAUAUCAAUAUUUAAUGCUGCCAUAUUUAACAGCUCCAACUGGUUAAAUGUAAACCUUAACCGUACUGGCUUGCAAUACUGAUCAUCAGUUUCACGGAAACCGUUAAAUGGAACGUACCGCAAUGCACAACGUGGUGAACGAUUCAGCAGCCGCCAACGGAGGUUCCCUGCCGGAGUUCCGCAAAUCGUUCGAGACGGUUCGCAAGGCUUCGUACUUGGUUGGCGUUGCUCUGUUCACCCGUGAGUCAGACCUGAACGUGCGCUUCUUCGGAACUUCGACCAUAAUCGCGUUAGUCUACGUUUUUUGUUUGUACUCGGGUUGGUUUUUGCGGUCGGAUUGGAAUCGGCUGCUGGAGUUGUCUGUUUGUCUCUUUCUAAACUUGCAAGGCACUAGCAAGCUGUGGACUGGAUUCGUACAUAAAUUGCGCUACUGCAAACUGUUUCAAACUACAGAGCGAAUUUAUGAAAGCUUUGAUGACGAUGAAAGGAACAGGCCCAUCCUGAGGGAGGUUGUCUCUAAGAUGAAUCUUUUUAUUAAGUGGAUUGUAAUUGUGUAUGUGAGUUGUGGAGUUAUUAUCGUGACUCUAGUUGUUCUGUACAUAUCACUUACUGGACAAAAAUUUCUUGUCCUCACAAUCUUCGUUCCAUAUGUGGAUCAUACAACUUUGGUUGGAUACAUCAUACAUAGCUUUCUUCAUCUGUCAAUGAUUGUCUUUUGCGUUAUUGGAUACCUCGCAUCUGAUACUGCAUUUAUUGUCACCGUGGUUCCAAUCAUAGCCUACGGAAAUUGUCUACAAAACGAAAUAAGAAACCUCAAUUUGAUGCUUCAAAUGCCCCAGAGAAACGAAAAGUUGAUCACUGAAAAACUUUUACGGAUCUGCAACCUGCAUCAGAUGAUAGUCGAGUUUGAGCAAGAUGCUGUUGAACACUUCAAGUACGGUUGCGCGAAUGAUCAAAUGACGAUCGACAUCUACGGAAUCGAGUGGUAUCGGCUCGGCAAUACACAGCAGCAAAUUGUGGUGUUCAUGCUUCAUCGGGCCCAAACCGCAAAAGAUUUAUCCGUUGGAGGAAUAGCCCCACUUAAUGUGGAGACAUAUGUGAAGGUAAGAACAAAUCAAGCAAAAUGGGGAUCAGCGUUUGAAAAACGUAAGUAACUUCUGACAUAUUUUAACAAAUAUUAUUAUUUUUCAGAU